CCGUACUGCAGGAAUYCCUACUGCCUCCUUUCGUUGCAGAGGGGAGGUCCACUCGACAGAAGAGAAGCUAAAAUGGGAGUAGAAAUCGAGACAAUAACUCCAGGCGAUGGACGGACAUUCCCGAAGAAGGGACAACGYGUCGUGGUCCACUAUGUCGGCACACUGGUGGAUGGGAAAGUCUUUGACUCGUCGAGAUCUCGAGAAAAGCCUUUUAAAUUCAAAAUUGGCCAUCAGGAGGUGAUUCGUGGCUGGGAGGAAGGAGUAGCUCAGAUGAGUGUCGGCCAGCGGGCAAAGCUCACCUGUUCACCAGACUAUGCCUACGGCAGCAAAGGUCACCCAGGGAUCAUCCCACCGAACGCCACUCUCAUCUUCGAUGUGGAGCUGCUGGGGCUGGAAGCCUGAAACCUGCAACCUCCACUUUUGUUUGUUUCUACUCAGAUUUCAGGGUUGACUCCUGUCUUAAGAACGUGGAGGAAAAAAGGUUCACAGAUGAUUCCUGCUCAUUAUUCCUUCAUAGGACCUACAUUUACAGCUUCACAUCUUUUCCCUAACCAUUCAGGUGCAAACUGAGUUAUAUCACUUGUUUUGAAAACUUAUGUCCUCCUAUAUACUUUUCAAGUUCUAGGCCAUCCUAUUCUACUUUGUCACAUACUGAUGUGUAUUUUUAUUGUGAUGCUUUGUUUUUGAACUCAAAGUUUCUUAUCGACUGAAGUAAAUCUGAAAAUGUGUUUGCCAUCAGGAGCAUGUUUUUAAUGAAUGUCAUAAAUCCUGAAUCCAUUUUUCUUUUCUGUGGCUCUGUGGCCUUUACAGUUAAACUGUAUUGAUUGCAGGCGACUAAUUAACUUGAAUGAAAAUAAGAAUAAAUCAUUUGUGAUACUCGCUAGUGGAAUAAAACAAAGAUUAGGAGUAAUGUGCAGAAAAUAAUGUACCAGGGAUUUAGAAAAUCUAACUUUGCCAUGACUAACCUACAAGUCUUGUCAGACAUAAAAAAAUAAAUAACUACAUUUGUGAAUUGUUUACAACUUAACAGCAUUACUCCUGGCUGUAACAAGGUUUAGAGGCACAAGCUGGUUCAAAGUUUUUGGGUCAACAUUUUCUUUUCUCUCUAAAGAUCUGAGGGGGUAUAUUUUACAAAAAAAAAAAAAUAGACAUUUUAUCCCGUCGGCAACUGUAUUUCACUGCUUUGCAUUUUCUGAUCUGUGACUUAUAUUUAAUGGUAUUACAGCACACUAACAAUAAAAGAAAACAAAGAAAGCAAGCAUGUUUUAUUCACCACCAGGAAACAGGGUGUUUUUUUUUAUUUAUUUAUUUUUUGUUGCUAUUUUCAGUUUCUUGUGUAUUUACAGAAAACGGACAAAUUAUACAAAACUAAAAUGUAGAAUCAAAAUAAUUUUUGCUUUGACGCAAUGGUUGCCAUUGACAAGAUGAGUUGUUCAAACUAUAUAAGCCAUAUUUUGCAAUAAAAUGUUGUCUUGCUCAAA